AUGGCCGACUACACCGAUGAGCUCUCCAGAGUCUCUGACAGUCUGGAGGAGGAGGAGAAGACCUCGUUUCUCCCUCAUCCAUCUCGUCCCAUCGUGCCAAAGGCAAACCCGAGACCGUUCUGGCUAUGGCCGGUAAUCGGUGUGAACCUGCUGGUGCUGGUUUGCUCCGUGAUAACAUUGUUUGUGACGGUCACUCUGCGCUCCCGGCCAGCCCUAGACUCGGAACGAAACGCCUUGCUAAAACAGACAUCCGCCUACUCACCCCUACUGGAUGAAUUUGACAUCCCUCUUAAACACGUGCACAGCAAGACCAAUUUCUUUGACAAUUCGUCCAUCUUCAGCCAGCUCCCGAGCCCCGAGGUGGACGCCGCGUGGGAGGAGAUCACCCCUCUGCGGCGCGUCUACCUGACCACCGAGCAGGUCAUCAAGCUGGGCAAAGACCCUUCGCUGACGGUGCGCGCGAAGGACCAUCCGGACCUUCACAUUGGGAUUCUGAACGGCAUGCACGAGCUGCACUGCUUGAACCUGAUUCGACAAAACCUUCAUCGCGACUACUACUGGCCGGAUGGCAUCCGGCAUCCGGCGCACUGGCUGCAUCUCUAUCACUGCGUGAACGUGGUCCUGAACGCAUUGACCUGCGCCGGGAACAUGGACGUGGUGACCUUCAAUUGGAUGGAGACCCAAGAGUUCCCUUUUUUCGAUUUCGGGAUCAACCGCGUGUGUCGGGAUUGGGAUCGCAUUCUGGAAUGGCAGACGAAUAACCUCGAGACGGCGACGGCGGAUUCCUUCCGACUGGGCGGGGAGAAGGAGAUCCCCGCCCCGGAUCUGUUGAAGGCCAUGAAUGCGCAGAACCCGGACGAGCGUGUGUUUACCCAUGAUGAUCCGGCGUUGACGGGGAGCAUAGGGCUGUAG